CUAGGGGUAAAACAGAGGGGAGAACCAGUCUGCCCAGUUCACCCUGGCCUCUCACAGCUCCACCUGCAUCAGCUUUACUGGUGCGAGGGGGGACCCAAGAGUGCGGGGAGCACUGGCCCCCUCUGCAACUGAGGGAUCCCCCUCAAACCAGGCAUGGAGACCGCCCCACCUCCCACCCCCUCGGGCACUCCCUGGCCCCCCCGUGAUGCCCGGCUGGCUGCGGCCGAAGUUGGGGUCCUGGCUGUCAUCUUGACCUUGGCGUUGGGGGGCAACGUGCUGGUGCUCCUGGCCCUGCGCCCUCGCAGAGGACACGCCCCGCCGCGCCCAGCCCCCCCCUUGCGCCGCUACCUCCGACACCUCAGCAUGGCCGACCUGGGGGUGGCAGGGGGGCAGGUGCUCCCCCAGCUCCUCUGGGAUGUCACUGAUCGCUUCCAGGGCCCAGAUGUCCUCUGUCGGGUCACCAAGUAUCUCCAAGGGGUGGCCAUGUUUGCCCCAGCCUACGUGGCAGUGGCCAUGGCCUACAACCGCCACCGUGCCAUCUGCAGACCCCUUGGGGGGCGGCGGGGUGGGGGGCACAGGGAUGGGCUGUGCUGGGGGUCGUGGGGAUGGAGGCGUCGGGGGAGUGUGGAUGGGGAGCAAGGACACGACAACAACAUGGAGAGGGUGCAGAGUCAUGGGGACACCAAGCAUGGGGCACAGGGACCCACUGGGUGCUGGGGACGGAGAUGUGGGGACAUCAGGGGUGGGACGUGGGGACACAUUGGAUGCUGGGGGCAGAGUUCGGAGGACACUGGGAAUGGGGCAUGCGGAUGUGAGGACACCAGGGAUGGGGCACAGGGACCGGUUGGGUGUUGGGAACGGGAAUGUGAUAACAUUAGGGACAGCAAGGAUGGGGCGUGGGGAUGUGGGGACAUCAGGUGUGGUGCAUGGGGAACUAUUGGUUGUUGGGGAUGGGGGUGUGGGGACACCACGGAUGGGACACAAGGGCACAGGGAUGCCAAGAAUGGGGCAUGGGGACCCAGUAGGUUCUGGGGAUGGAAGUGUGGGGACACCACAGAUGAGGUACAGGGACGUGAGGAUAUUAGGGGUGCCACAUGGAGACCCACUGGGUGCUGGGCACAGGGAUGUGGGAACACAUGGCCUACCAGGUAUGGAACACAGGGACAUGAGGACACCAAGGAUGGGACACAGGAACCCACUGGGUGCUGGGGACAAGGACACAGCGGCACAAUGAAUGGGACACAAGGACAUGGGGACACCAGGGAUGGCACAAGGGGAUGCAUUGGGUGCUGGGGACAGAGAAGCGGGGACAUUUGGGAGACUAGGGAUGCGAAACGGGGACCCAUUGGGUGCUGGGGCUGGGGAGGUGGGGACAGCAGGGAUGGGGCACUGGGACGCAGGGACACUUGGGAUGGUGUGUGGGAACCCACUGGAUGCUCGGGACAAGGGGACAGCGAGGACAUCAUCACCACAACGUCCCCCCUCUGUCCCCCAGCUGUCCCUUCCACUCUGAUGUCCCCCACUCUCUAUGUCAGCCCGAUAUCCCCAGCCCCCCAUGUCACAUCCCUGAGGUCCUCAACUCCUUGUGCCAUCCCCAUUCCUCCCACCUCCCAUGUCAACCAGGUGUCCCCAAUACCACAUGUCUCCCUCUCUAUGUCCUCAGACCCCCAUGUCACCCCCCCAACGUCCCCAUCACUCUCUCCCUCCUACCAGGUGCCCACGAGGACCUUGUUACUGACCACCACAGAGUGGGUACAGGCCACCAUGGGAAGGUCUGAGGCCACCAUGAGGUGCUCACAGGCCAUCAUAAGGUGGUCUCAGGCCACCAUGAGGUGGUCUUGGGCCGCUAUGGGUUGGUCAUGGGCCAUCAUGGGGUGGUCUUUGGCCACCAUGAGUUUGACACAGGCCACCUUGAGGUGGGCAUGGGCCAUCAUGAGGUGGGUUCAAGCUGUGAUGGGAUGGGCACGGGUCACCAUGGGGUGGGCUCAAUCUGUUGUGGAGUGGACACGCUCCACUGUGGUUUGGGUACAAGGCCGGUGGGGACCGUUGGCCACUGCUUGGACCCUGGCAUUUCUCUUUGGGUUGCCUCAGGUGGGAAUUUUUGGGCAACAGGAUGUGGGAGCGGGUGAGCAGGAUUGUUGGGCCACCUUCAUCCAACCUUGGGGAGCCCGUGCCUACGUCACUUGGGUUGCACUGGCGGUGUUGGUGGCCCCGGCGGUGUUGUUGGGGGGGGUUACAGGUGGCAGUGACACGAGCAUUGGGACCACGGGGACGUCGGAAAGGACUGGGAAGGGCAAGGGCCAAGAGUUAUCGGAUGGCACUAGUGGUGUUGGGGGUCUACAUAGGGUGCUGGAGUCCCUUCUUCUGUGCCCAGUUGUGGGCAGUUUGGGAUCCCCAGGCUCCGGUGGAAGGGUUACUUGGGUGAACCCUGCUGAUCCCACAUGAGCUUGGAUGACUCCAGAUGACCUCGUGUCCCCCAGGCCCAGCCUUCACCAUCCCGAUGCUCCUGGCCAGCCUCACCAGCUGCACCAACCCCUGGAUCUACGCUGCCUUCAGCACCAGCCUCUCCCGUGCCAUGGGCCGCAUCCUGUGCCCCUGCCGCCAGCAGCGUCCCCUGGGCUCC